AUGGAUACUUUGUGUAGCUAUUUCUGUGUUAUAAAGAUCUGCCUCAAUAACACUUUGGAGCCUCACAAUUUUUGGUUUCAUAAAAAAAAAUUCACCAAAAAAAACAACAUCCCAUCUCAUAUCCAUCCCACAUCCAUGACCACCCCAAAGUACCCUGCCAAAAGCCAUGCCCAGAAGGUGUACCACCACCUAAAGACGCCAUGCUCUUUCUUCAUUAGCGGCGAAGAUAUGGUCCUCUACAAAUACUGCGAUCAAACCAAACCAUUCAGACAAAACAGGUAUUUUUUCUACUUGACAGGAUGCAACAUCCCCGGAUCCCAUGUGUUGUACAAACGGGACCACUUAGUGCUUUACCUUCCAGAUGUGGAUAAAGAAGAUAUCAUGUGGUCGGGCCCGCCAUUGUCUAUAGCCGAAGCAUUGGAGAAAUAUGAUGUCGACGAAGUCAAGUAUGCAUCCGAAAUCGAAGCUGACUUGAAAGACUUGGGUACUGUGCUCACUACCGAUAUCAACCAGUCUAACCACCACCUCAAAUCAUAUUUAACCGAAUCCGACCCCUCCUUUUUCUACGCACUCGACGAGUCCCGCUUGAUCAAGGAUGACUACGAAAUCGAGCUUAUGAGACAUGCCGCUAAAAUCACAGACAACUGCCACUUAGCUGUCAUGUCUGCCGUCCCAAUCGAAACCAAGGAAACACAUAUCCACGCCGAGUUUAUGUACCACGCUUUACGACAAGGUGCAAAAAACCAGAGCUACGACCCCAUCUGUUGUAGCGGUGAGACCUGUUCAACCUUGCAUUGGGUCAAAAACGACGGCGACAUUACCCCAGAAAAACGCUCAGUCUUGAUCGACGCUGGCGCCGAGUGGGAAUGCUAUGCCAGUGAUGUAACCAGAUGUUUCCCUAUCAACGGCGACUGGACAGAAGAACACUUACAAAUCUACAACUUGGUGUUGAAAAUGCAAUCUGCCGCUUAUGAGAUGAUGAAGCCAGGUGUCGAGUGGGAAGACAUACACUUACAAGCCCAUAAAGUUUUGAUUCAAGGGUUUUUAGAACUAGGCAUAUUCAAACCCGAGUACUCCCCAGAAGAGUUGCUCUCUGCCAAAGCAAGUGCUCGAUUCUUCCCUCAUGGACUUGGCCACGUUCUUGGUAUGGAUACCCACGAUGUUGGUGGCCGCGCCAACUACUCUGACCCUGACCCAUUAUUGUGCUACUUGAGAAUUAGACGGAAGUUAGAGCCAGGAAUGGUCGUAACCAACGAACCAGGCUGCUAUUUCUCGCCAUACUUACUACAAGAAGUGUUAGACAACCCUGAAACCUCCAAGUACAUCAACAAAGACGUCUUAGACAAGUACUGGUACAUUGGUGGUGUCCGAAUCGAAGACGAUGUUUUGAUCACAAACGACGGGCACGAGAUAUUUACACAGAUCACAAAAGAUCCACACGAAAUUAGUAAAAUCGUCAAGGCUGGUCUUGCCAAAGGGAAACAAGGCUUCCACAAUGUAGUCUAA